AUGCCAACAUUUGCAGCCGCUGCCGUGCUGUUCUCCACAGUCUUCGGUGCAACAAGCGAAAUCCCUACGGUUCGAGUGGUGCUGGACACUGAUCUGGGAGAUGACAUUGACGACACGUGGGCCCUGAGCGCGCUCCUGCAGUCGCCAGCUGUGGACCUCCGUCUGAUCGUGACGGAUUCAUACGGCAGCCAGAGCCGCGCCAACGCCCUGGCAAAGUUUUUGCGCUUGGCUGGCAAACUUGCUGAGGUUCCCGUGAUUGCCAUCGGCCCAGAGCAGACGGGUGCCACCAUCAUGGAUAGCUGGGCCAAUGCCAGCGAUUUGGAUCAAUUCCCUGGGCAGCUGCGCCGCUGGCCCAUGAAAAAGAAGCCACAGAGGAAGUUGGAAUUGGCAGCCGGAGCUGGACGUGUAGAUUUGUGGAAUGUUGAAAAAGAGCUAGAUCUAUUAUGAUUCAUUAUGAUCUAUUCAUAUCUAUUCAAUGUAGUGUUGCGAGAGUAUGUCGGUAGCGUCAGAAUGGAUGUCAGGAACUGUCGGUAGCGCCGAUAGUUGUUGGGUUGUCACACUGUACCAUGGCUAAGGUUUCGAUGCUGCUGAGGCCAUCA